GCAGUGAUUUUUGUCAACUAAAUUCUUGACGCAUUCUGUAAGAUCAGAAGAAUCUCACUACAGCGCAGAAUUUAAUCAUAUUUUGUAACAUAUUUUAUAUGGUAUAAUACUAAUUAUUAAAUGGUCUUCUCUGCCAUAACACUUACAAAAAGAGCAAAAUGGACGAAAAUUUGAAUUCCCUGAGCGACCUCGAAAUACACAGAAAAUUAGCACAAAUUGGAUAUCCUAAUAUUCCAGUGACGGAAACAACAAGGCCCAUACUUAUCAAGAAACUAAUGAAACAUAUUAAAAAAGAAAAACUUCAAAGAGUAAAAGUCAAUAAUUAUGUACUCUACUACAAUGAUAAGCAAAAUACGCAUCCAGCAAUUCCAGUACAGGAAAAUUUGAAUAUAAUUGAAAAGGAACAAGAGAACAAUAAGAUUAAUGCACGUUUAAAUUCUUUAUCUCACAGAAGUGAUUCAAAUGAGAACAUGGGAAAAACUGGAGGAUUAUCUAUGUAUGCACCACCACCGCUCAUAGCGUCUCAUUAUGAAAAUGAAAAUGAGCCGCAUUCUUUGAGCAUUCAUACCCGUAAGCCGAUAUAUCCAGCAGAGAAACCAGCUCCCUAUUAUAAGCUAUAUGAAAAAUCAAAUAACUGCGAUGGAGGUGUUGUUAACAGACUCCUUAGCUUUCGGGAUGCUUCGAUUAAGAAGAAAAUCAUGUUUAAGGACGGAUACUCCGUACACUCGUCAAAGACAUUGAUGCGAAACGGAAUCGUACAGAAAUUGCUAUCGUUUGACUUGAAAUCGUUUCUUAAAAAACCAGAUGCUAGCCAAUAUAUAAUACCGCCUGUACUUAUUGGAUCGCUAUUCAUAUUUUUGGCAUUGAUUUGUGUUUUAUACACGGCAAAGAAAUUCGACCUGAGCCCCAUUACACAAACGGAAAUCAAAUAUACCAUAUGUAAUGUAAAUGACAAAGAUCUACGUCCUUCCACGCAGAAAGUGAAGUGCAUUAGCGAAGAUCAAUUUAAUAAGGCAUUAUAUAUAUGUAAGGAACUCUUUGGCUAUCUAAAUGAAAGGGCUAGACUACAUCAUUGCAUAAGCGAGGAUCAUUCUGCGACGGUUGAAAUGAGUGACUUCAAGAAGGCAUUGAGCAGGAACAAUGAGAUCCAAAAUGGCAAUCUACAAAAUAAACUAUUAGCUACGCAGUACCUAAUUGCGCAAAAUCCGCAGUGGAUGAUAAAAACAAUUGUUUCCACCUACAACUCAACAGAGCCAACAAUAUCGUUUGAGCUUAUUGAACCAAAUCUACCAUUCAAGUGCCUUAUCUUAAAGAAAAUGACACGAUUUUUUACGGUUAUUGGAUUAGUAAUUCUCACAAUAUCUGGAUUUUUCAUGAUUUAUUUUCUAUCCACCGUUUAUCGCAUGAAACAAAAAGAAAGUUUACUCUUAACGGAACAAUUUAAGAAAGAUAUUAUCAAUGAACUAAUGUAUCAUAGUACACAUACAGAAAACUCUGAGAUAAUAAUCAAUCAGUUGCAGGACAAAUUUUUGCCACCUCAUAAUCGCUCGAAGCUGUUAAGUUCGUGGAACAAAGCGCUGCAGCACUUAGAAGCAAACGACAACCGUGUACUAUUUGGUAUGAUAGUACGAAAUGGAGAACAAUUGCGGACAAUUACAUUUAAUAAGAACAUUGGCAACAAGGACUUUAGUACAUCAAAGAAAUGGCAAAGUUCUGCUUUUGAUAACUCGAAUAAGAUCGUCAAUCCGCCCACUUCCUGCUUGAAAAUUAGACACAUGUUCGAUGCAUCCGAAAUAAAGGAGCCCAAUUUGAAGCAAUUGAUAGUCGAAUCAAUAUUUGAAAAAGUUGGAUCCAACUGCAACAUAUGCGAUAUCCAGCUGGAUACUCAAUCCUGCUGCGUAUACAUUCGUUGCGCAAGUGAAGCGGACGCUGGCAUUGUGCAUAAUGAAAUCAAUGGAUGGUGGUUUGAUAAGCGUCUAAUAUCCAUUAAGUUUCUUCGACUGGAACGCUAUCUAAAUCGUUUUCCCAAAUCUCUGUCCAAUUCUUUAUAUUUAAAAUCUUCUAAUGUUAACUAACGUUGUAUUGUAAAAAUUCACUAGGAAUUUAAGAUAUUAAAACAAAAAUAUAUACAUAUUAAUUUUU